AUGGGUGUGAAGAUGGCUGAAUGCGAACCUUCUCCAGUUCCCUUCUCUGAUUCAAUAUCCGAUUGCUCCUCGACAACUUUUUCCCUACCUAUCUCCCAAUCUCCCUUCGAACCGAACUUUCUGCCUUACUGGGCCCGUCACAAGACAAAGUUUGCUCAGAACCUAUUGGACUACUCCGACGAGCCAAUCGAAUACGACCAUCACGACGAGGCCUAUAGCGACAACUGCUUCUUCUUCCCGGAAGACUGCUCGUGGACACCACCGAAAGAUUGCAUUGCGGAAGCAAAUCGCGUAUCACUGCAGGAGGAACCCUCGAACCAGGUGGAGGAAUACACGCCUUCGGUAGGCCAGGACAACACCGACACCAUGAUUCCCGGUCUCCCCGAUAUUAAGAUGCUGGACGCGGAGGCACUAAGCGACCUCUUGGAAGACAACCUGUCCCCGCCAGAGAUCACAACGAUCAUUGUCUUCGCAACAAACGGCGCCGUCUUCGCCCACGGCUCCUCCCUCUCCUCGCGCCAACUGCGCAACCUUAGCGCAACCUACGGCGCCGCCUACACAUGCUACGCCAAGUCAGCCUCAAGCGGGAACUUGACGGGCGUCAACCCAGCCAGCCAUCCUUCAUCCUACGUGACCGCCAAGUCGAUGUCUCUAGGCGAUGUAGGCUCGAUCGUCUUCGAACUUGACGACUCCGUGGCCGUGGUAACCCAGAUCGCGGAUAAAGUCCUCGUGGCCGCCGUCGGCCCAUCCAAACUAGACGCACUGGAGCCGAACGGCGGCACCAACGCCGACUCCCUUGCAGUUGACACCGUACCUGAUGUAGGUAAUGGAACUCCCACGCUUGAGGACUCACAGGGUGAUAUAUCGCGCGCACUGGCUGCCGCACCUGCGUCUCUGGACGCGCCUCACAACGGUCACGGAGACCCCCAGUUGGAGAUUGACCGCAGCGCUGAUCUUGCGCGUCUGGCCAGCCUGAACCUCUCUGCCUCGCCGGCCGUCUUGCUUGCGCUGGAGUCUAAAUGCGCCGCGCUAGGACGUUUCCUCGGGGAGAAGCUGAAUGACUUGGAAAGUCCUGAGGAUUUCUGA